AGUCCAGACACCUGGCGUCUCAUCCCCUGUUUUUCUUUUUUCUUUUUCUCUUUCCAUAACACAGUAACUGGAAAUCCAGAGGCCUGGCUUUUUAUCUUGUGACUAGCUAGCUACGGAGGAGGGACUGGGGAGUCUGACUGGUCUCACAGAGACCUGUGAGUGGUUCUGAGAGGGCAAAGAGACCAUGGAGAGGAGGGAGGUUGUCAGUUUGAGCUGGUCGGAAGGGGAGGGACACCUCCGGAAAGCUGUGGUUACCGAAGUGGGGGAGUUGGUUCUCAGCCACGAACCCUGGAUCUCCCUCUUCCCCUCCCCAAGCACACCAGCUGUCUCCUUUCUUUUUAUACUGCGAUGGAGAGUAGGGGGGCCCACUGGAAAUGAGAUUAUUUGAGGAACAUGGUCUUCCCUGCUACCUACGAGGGAGAAGGGUCAGCCCAGAGAUCCGCUGCCUUUCCCCACCGCUUUCCUUACUCCUAGAUAUGUUCACAGAAGGAAGAAUUCAAGUGUAACCUGCCCCUUUCUCCUUCCCCGGGCUUAGGAUCUCUCCUUCCGCCCUCGAUGCUUCCCUUUUCUCUGCAUUGUUUCUGUUCUUCCAGGCUGUCUUCUGUUCUCCGCCCCCUCAGUUCUCUCUGCCCUACUUCCUACCUCCUCAAGCCUCAAAGCUGCUCCUUCCAUCUUUAGAGCCCCUUAUCUCCCCAGCCUACUUUCCUGAGCCCUAACGGUCCUGGCCCACAGAACAAAGCAGGAGCACCAUGGGUCUUCCUGAACCCUGUGCCUGAUGGGGAGCCGGGAGAGCGGCUGCCUUUGUUCUGAGUACCAGAGAGGUGGCUGGCUUUGUUUGCAGGGCCAGGAGGGCAGAGCUGGGGGAGCCCUGGAGGGAAAGAAGAAUCCAGAAUUAGUUUGAGAGAUUGGAGGAGUUGGGUCCUCUAGGAAGCUGAAGUUUGGAGGCCAUCCAAAAAGAUCCUAGGGGCCAUGGGUGUUCAGGAAAGCACUGAGUUGGGAGAAAGAGGCAAGGCUGGGCACAGGGAGUUUAGACUUAGAGAGGUCAUCUAGGGACUGCAAGAUGUUUGAGGUGCGCCUAAGAACACCCAGGGGCACCAGAGGAGGUGAAGAAGGGUUUGGUUUCCAGUACUGGAACUGUGACCUUCCAUCAGGGAGGGCACGAAUCAAACAGUGAUUCCCAUGUGUGCAUGCUUCUUGUAUCGGGGGUGUGUCUCUCCGUCAGAGAUGCUCAGGGGUGCUCUUUGAAAAUUAGUGCUCACCAAGCUCAGUGGACAUAAGAAAGCAGUUCCCAUUUUAAAGUUCAGCUUCUGUGUUGUUGUAAGCUCUGAGUGAAUUGGUCAUGGUUUCUGGAGCUGGUAGAGAAACGGCUGAGAAAGUGCUGGCUAGACCCUUCUGGGUUUGUUUGUGUCUCCUUAGGGAGGUGGGGGGAGGGCUGCCGGCAGCAGCUACCCCCUCCUAACUCAGCUGGCCUGCCUUGUGCCAGGAGGGCAGGGAGUCUGGCACAGCUAUUGUUUGCCUGUACAAAUGCCCGUCUGUCUGCGUUUUUCUUGCCUUCUCCCUCUUGGCCCGACAGGUGUGGCUGGGAGGGGAGCAGGCUGGGGUCCAGGGUAACUGGGUCUCAGAGUCUCUGGCUGGAUUUUAUUGCCUAUGGCUUAAGUGCCCCUUUUUCUGCAUCACCAGGAGCUGCCCAAUCCCAAGUCCAGUGGUUUGCCAUCCUUCAUUAAGCAGAGGUUUUCUAAGUGCCUUUGUGUAUUCCAUGAUGGCCUUCUCUUUUGUGUCUGGCUGUAGUUUUAGUGUCUGCAUUUGUCUACCUUCUCUCAGCUUCCAGUCUUUUCCUUGGAGCGUCUGAAGGAGCAGGGCCUCCCACAGACCAUCCAAAGUCCUCCUCCUGGACUCACAUCAGGAAUCUUCUCUCUCUUCAUUCUCCAGACUCAUAGAUGUCCCCUUGUGGAAUUGAAACCGAGUUUGCAAGCUCUGUCCUGCUCAACAACAGCCCUUCCCUUUACAUCCAGUGACCCUGUGUCUCAGCUGUCCAGGGCGGAGCCACAGGCUUUCAGUCGCAGUGGGCUCCUUCAAGAGUCCUCUGGCUGUGGAGUCUUAAGAAAGAGGCUGAGGCCAAUCUCUCACAAUCAGUGAUGAUUGUGAAUACCACACGAUUCUCCCAGAGGCUUUGGUAUGGAGAGAGGAAGGCGGCGAGAACUGGGAGAGCCACUCUGACUCAUCCAGAGGAGCCCAGGAAGCCAGAGCCUAGUUUUGCCUUUAUGUGAAUCAUUGUUUUCUCUUAGCCUAGGGCACAAGAUGGCGAGACCUUGUCUCCCCACAGUGGCCAAGGUUUGGUGUGAGAAUGGAAGGAGGUUUUGGGUUGACAUCCUGACCCCUAGGGUAGGGCUCAGUCAGAGGGAGUAGGAGAUCCCACUCUGGAGUGCUCCAGGAGGAGGCAAAGGAAGGACUGGAAAGGGGACAGAAGUUCCUAUGGUUCUCCUAAGCAGUAAAGGGUGUCCCCAGAGCAGGGAUGCUACCGGAGACCCUGUCUUUCUUUAUUUUUUAUCUCCAUUUCCCAACACACGUUGGGUGCCUGCUGUACAUGAAUGAGGCUUUUGGGUCUUGGGAUGAAAGUUGGCCUUGAACUCCUGAUUCUUCUGCCCCCCCCCCCACCCCAAGCACUGGAACUACAGAGUAUGGCAAAACACCCAAAUCUGUUCAGUUUGAUAUUCAAUUAUCCCACAUGUACCAUUAGCCUGGAUAGUGUCCGUGAGCAGGGAAGACUUCUGAGAUCUGUGAAGAAGAAGCAGGAGGACAUCCAGAGCUGGACAGCAGAGGGUUGGGUCAAGCAGAAAGGGCUCUGAGCCUUGAGGUAGAUGUUUGGACUGAGGAAUGACAAGUCUUUCUUGCCCCUGUGGUACUAGGUUUUAAUGUAGGGCUUCACAUCUAUUAGACCCUUGAACCCUGGGCAACAUCCCCUGCCCGUUUAGACAUUUUCUUUUAAUUGUGUCUUGCUAAGUUGCUCAGGUUGGCUUUGAACUGACCAGCCUUGCACCUCAGCCUUCCCAGUACCUGGGCUUCCUGGUGUGUACAUCACCCCUAGCUAUGAUUGCUCCCUUCCUGGACAUACUGUGGCAUGGGGGACGCGAAGAGCUGUUCUGCUUGCUGUGUGUAAAUGGGAGACAGUGAAUCAAACCAGCCCACCCCCCACCCUCCCAGUAAGCAGUUCCCAUGUUAUUCCAUUUUCCACAGCUUGAGCCCUGGGGCGGGCUCAGUACAGCCAUCUCUGGGACAAUAGUGCUAGGCCGUGCCAGGGCUGCUCGCUGCUGGCCGGUGGUGCUGGGAUGUGCUGUUGCUACUGUGGCUGCUGCCCUCUGCUUGACCACCUAGAGCAGGGGUCACUUGGAGAGAGGACCCGGGAAAAGGAGAAGAUGAAGGAAGCUAAAGAUGCCCGCUAUACCAACGGCCACCUCUUCACCACCAUCUCGGUCUCCGGCAUGACUAUGUGCUAUGCCUGUAACAAGAGCAUUACAGCCAAGGAAGCCCUCAUUUGUCCCACAUGUAACGUGACCAUCCACAACCGCUGUAAGGACACGCUGGCCAACUGUACCAAGGUCAAGCAGAAGCAACAGAAAGCUGCACUGCUGAGGAACAACACUGCCUUGCAGUCCGUCUCUCUCCGAAGUAAGACAACCACCAGAGAGCGGCCAACGUCUGCCAUCUACCCUUCCGAUAGCUUCCGGCAGUCCCUCCUGGGUUCUCGUCGUGGCCUGUCCUCCUUGUCUUUGGCCAAAAGUGUUUCCACUACCAACAUUGCUGGACAUUUCAAUGAUGAGUCUCCUCUGGGGCUGCGUCAGAUCCUCUCCCAGUCCACAGACUCCCUCAACAUGCGGAACCGAACCCUGUCCGUGGAGUCCCUUAUUGAUGAAGGUGUAGAAGUGUUCUACAACGAGCUCAUGAGUGACUUUGAGAUGGACGAGAAGGACUUCGAGGCGGAUUCAUGGAGCCUUGCUGUGGACAGCAGCUUCCUGCAACAGCAUAAAAAGGAGGUGAUGAAGAAGCAAGAUGUCAUCUACGAGCUGAUCCAGACCGAGCUGCACCAUGUGAGAACCUUGAAGAUUAUGACCCGCCUCUUCCGCACUGGGAUGCUGGAAGAGUUGCAGAUGGAGCCAGAAGUGGUCCAGGGACUGUUCCCCUGUGUGGACGAGCUUAGUGACAUUCACACACGUUUCCUUAGUCAGCUUUUGGAACGGCGGCGCCAGGCCCUGUGUCCAGGCAGCACCCGGAACUUUGUCAUCCAUCGUUUGGGUGACUUGCUCAUCAGCCAGUUCUCAGGUUCCAACGCUGAGCAGAUGCGCAAGACUUACUCAGAGUUCUGCAGCCGCCACACCAAGGCCUUAAAGCUCUAUAAGGAGCUGUACGCUCGAGACAAACGCUUCCAACAGUUCAUCCGGAAAAUGACCCGCUCUGCUGUGCUGAAGCGGCAUGGGGUUCAGGAGUGCAUUCUCCUGGUAACUCAGCGGAUUACCAAAUACCCAGUGCUCAUCAACAGGAUCCUGCAGAAUUCCCAUGGGAUUGAAGAGGAGUACCAAGACUUGGCAGCAGCCCUAGGGCUAGUAAAGGAGUUGUUGUCCAAUGUGGACCAGGAUGUACACGAGCUGGAGAAAGAGGCCCGCCUUCAGGAGAUUUACAACCGAAUGGAUCCUCGGGCUCAGACCCCUGUUCCUGGCAAGGGCCCCUUCGGCCGAGAUGAACUUUUGCGGAGAAAACUUAUCCAUGAUGGCUGCCUGCUCUGGAAGACAGCCACAGGCCGCUUUAAAGAUGUCCUCUUACUACUGAUGACAGAUGUGCUGGUGUUUCUCCAGGAAAAGGACCAGAAGUACAUUUUCACGUCCCUGGACAAGCCCUCAGUGGUAUCCUUGCAGAAUCUCAUCGUAAGAGACAUUGCCAACCAGGCGAAAGGGAUGUUUCUGAUCAGUUCUGGCCCACCUGAAAUGUAUGAAGUACACGCAGCAUCUCGAGAUGACCGUACUACCUGGAUCCGUGUCAUCCAGCAGAGCGUGCGCUUAUGCCCGUCGAGGGAGGACUUCCCUCUGAUCGAGACAGAGGAUAAGGCGUACCUCCGGAGGAUCAAGACGAAACUGCAGCAGAAAAACCAGGCGCUGGUGGAGCUGCUACAGAUGAAUGUUGAGCUAUUUGCUGAGAUGGUCCACUUCCAGGCAUUAAAAGCUGGUUUCAUCGGAAUGCCCCCGCCCACCCUGCCCAGGGGCCUUUUCCGUCUUGAGUCCUUUGAGUCCCUUCGAGGCGAGCGUCUGCUCAAAGAUGCCCUCCGUGAAGUGGAAGGCCUGAAAGACCUGUUGUUGGGCCCUUGUGUGGACCUGCCUUUGACAGCCCGAGAACCAGCCUUACCCGUAGAAGCUGACAGUGGUAGCUGUCCUGGGGUCACUGCCAACGGAGAGGCCAGAACCUUCAAUGGCUCCAUUGAGCUCUGUAGAGCAGACUCAGAUUCCAGCCAGAAGGAUCGGAAUGGAAAUCAGUUGAGGUCACCACAGGAGGAGGCGUUACAACCAUUGGUCAAUCUGUAUGGACUCCUACAAGGCCUGCAGGCUGUUGUGGUCCAGCAAGAAAGAUUGAUGGAAGCCCUGUUCCCUGAAGGCCCUGAGCGGUGGGAAAAGCUAUCCCGAGCCAACUCUCGGGAUGGCGAAGCUGGCCGGGCUGCGGUUGCUUCUGUAACUCCCGAGAAGCAGGCCACGGAGCUGGCAUUACUGCAGAGGCAGCACAGCCUGUUGCAGGAAGAGCUGCGGCGCUGCCAGCGGCUCGGGGAAGAGCGGGCAACUGAAGCUGGCAGCCUGGAGGCCAGGCUGCGGGAGAGCGAGCAAGCCCGGGCCCUGCUGGAGCGGGAGGCUGAAGAGAUCCGCCGGCAGCUAGCAGCCUUGGGCCAAAACGAGCCACUCCCGGCAGAAGCACCCUGGGCUCGCAGGCCUCUGGACCCUCGGCGCCGCAGCCUUCCAGCAGGCGACGCUCUGUACUUGAGCUUCAAUCCCCCCCAGCCUAGUCGAGGCCAUGACCGCCUGGAUUUGCCUGUGACUGUUCGUUCCCUCCACCGACCCUUUGAUGACCGAGAGGCACAAGAACUUGGUAGCCCCGAGGAUCGACUGCAGGACAGCAGUGACCCUGAUACUUGCAGUGAGGAGGAAGUCAGUAGCCGGCUGUCCCCACCCCACAGUCCACGAGACUUCACCCGAAUGCAGGACAUUCCCGAAGAGACAGAAAGCCGAGAUGGGGAGCCUACGGCCUCAGAGAGCUAAGGGGACGCUUCCCCCUGCCUGGUGCCCCCCACUGAAGAACAUUAGUAAAGGGGCAAACCUUGAAAGGACUGCCGAUUGUCCUUGCCAGUUCCCAAGACCCCUGGAUACCUAGGGGCCAUGGGGAUGGGGACUUAGAGGCCACCGCACCCCUGGUGUUCUCCAACAGUCACACCACAGAUGCCGAUUUUACAUGCCUUCUCCCCCUCCUUAGGAAAAAUUAUUUAUUUAUUGUUUAUUGGUUGGGGGGGUGAUUUAAAGGGCCAGAGACAUGGGAACCAAGCCAUAGGUAUCAGAGGGCCUCUCCUUUAAUACCACUGGGAUAUGUUUGGCCUUAGCCACACAACCUAACAUCAACCCCAGUGACACCCAUCUGUGGCCAUAGAACCUACUGCCCCUUUCAGAAGGGCUGUGGGUAGGACCAUGUCCCUUUUCCCACUCCCCUUAGCCUCUUUCUGCUGUUCUUUCUCUCCAUCCUCCAUGGAUUUCUGGCUCCUUGGAGUUGAUGGAGCAGGUAGCCAUAAUGUAUUGGGGUGGGGAAGGAAGAAUACAGGGACCAGAAUGUUUUGUUUUUGGUUUUGUUUUCUUAUUUUUUUUUUUUUUGUACCAAAGCCAACCGCACCUGUUUUAUAUUUUUAAAAGAAGAUUGUAGGCACUUCUAGCUCCAUGUCUUUGAACUUGAGGAAUUAGGGAGACAGUGACCUAUUUCAUCGAAGGUCAGGGGGCUCCCAUUCAGAACUCUUCCUCAGCCAUUUAGAGCCAUUCCUCUUCCUCAGAGGAAGCUCUGAGGUGGGUUGGGAAACCUCUAGGAACCCUCACCUCGUCUCCCACGGUGGCAAGCAAGAAUUGGGGGAGGGGGAUUUUUUUUUCACUGCAACCCUAAUGUCCACCAGCGAUAGCCAUUUUUCUGCCAAUUGAAUUGUUAAACAGAAAAAACACAGUAACAACGAAGCAAAGAAAGAAAAAGCUCUGGCAGGGAAAAAAUUAAAGACCUGACACGCAUGAGGUGCUGUCUCAGUGCCCGUUCUGAGGACUGCCGUGCCUGCAGCAAGGCAGUGACCACGGUUUCUGAAAAGGGGCUGUCACUACCUCACAGAAGAGGGCAUGAAUGGAUGCAGCUGCUCAAACUCUUAUUAAACAUCUCAAAAUUGCAA